AUGAAAGUUCCACUUCUACUCUGUGCAUAUAGUAUUAUUCAGUAUUGGGACACUUCGAAAUGUUCCAAAACGGUUCCAAUCUCAAAAUCAAAAGUUGAAUUUAUUCCACCACGCUUCUCGAUCUCGCUCGAGUCUCGCGCGCGUUUGUUUAGUUACGCUUACGCGCUGCAUGCUGCGCUUGGUAGACAUAUUGUCAAAAAUGCUGAACAGACUUUGAACAUAGAAAAAUCUCCAGACACUAUUUUUAUAUCUAAUAAUGAUGAAGUUGGUGAAAUACAGCAAUAUGUUGAAGAGAAUUCUUGGCCCCUGAAUGAAGUACAUAAUCGAAGUGUAGAGCAGGUAAUAAAUAUGGAAAGUGUACAGACGAUAAGGUUCGUAGCCAGCCAGCAUGAGCCAGCAAAUGAAGCUUCUAAUCUAAAAAAAGAGCUUUGCAGAGAAGAAAAGAGGAUAGAUAUAGAAACAUGCGAAAAUGACAAACAAAAGAUUAUUUGUUGUUAUGACAUGCAAGCGGUUCUUCAAACUCCAGCGGGUAAUGACUCGAUAUUUUUUACUUGGACACUUAUCAACCUUACAGUACAAUGA